AUGCCUGUCGAACCAAGAACGACGACCUCACACUCAAUACCGCGAACAAGUGGAGAGAAGUUUAGCGAUGCAGAACUAGAGAAGACCUCUCCAGCCCAAGAUGCUGCCGCAGAAGAGUAUCCCACUGGUGCGAGCCUCGCCGCCAUCACAAUCGGCCUGUUCCUCGCGGUUUUGUGCUUUGGACUUGAUCGCUCAAUUUUGGGGACCGCGAUUCCGGUAAUCACUUCCGAGUUUGAGUCUUUACCGGAUGUAGCGUGGUACGGCUCCGCGUACCUCUUCACCAUGUGUUCAUUCCAGCUCUUUUUCGGCAAAUUGUACGCCGAGUUCAACGCCAAAUGGGUCUUCCUUGCUGCUCUUUUCAUUUUUGAGGUGGGGUCCAUUGUCUGCGCCGUGGCUCCGAGCUCCGUGGUUCUCAUUGUCGGCCGAGCCAUCUCCGGAGUCGGUGCAGCUGGACUUAUGUCCGGCGCCCUUAUUGCGUCUCCCGGUUUCUACGGAACUGUGUUGGCUAAGCCAGUCGCGACUCAGAUCUUGGCUAGAAGUGUGCCUCUUCACCGACGCCCGCAGUUCACCGCGGCAGUUGGCGCGGCGGGCGGAAUUUCGCAGUGCAUAGCGCCCACUCUUGGCGGCGUCUUUGUUGAUAAGGCGACUUGGAGAUGGUGCUUCUGGAUCAAUCUUCCUCUUGGCGGUGUCACCUUCCUGGUGGUACUCUUCCUCCUGAAGCUGCCGACGCCGCUGAAGAAGCAGACACAAAGCGUGCGGGGGUUUAUUUCAAACUUUGACUUGGUAGGGACAAUACUCCUCAUACCUUGGAUCAUCUGUCUCCUCCUCGCCUUGCAGUGGGGUGGAACCGAAUAUGCAUGGAGCAAUUGGCGCAUAAUCCUGUGCUGGUGCCUCUUUGCGGUCUGCUUCCUCUUGUGGGCACUGGUCCAGUUCCGCGAGGGUGACAAAGCCACCGUCCCAUUCCGCAUCCUCUUUCAGAGGUCAAUGGCCUGUGCUUGCUGGCUUAUGCUUCUUCUGUUCUCACUUCUCUUUAUCGAAGUGUACUACAUUCCCAUUUGGUUGCAAGCAGUCAAGAACCACACCGCCUAUCAGAGUGGCAUCGACUUGUUGGCAUCUCUCGGUGGCACCGUGUUUUUGGCUGUCGCUCAAAACGUCUUCCAUUCGAGACUAAUCUCCGAGUUGAGCCGGAACGUCCCCAAUGUAAACCCGGUAGUCGUCAUUGACGCGGGCGGUUCCGGACUAGUGGAGUCGAUGCGGAGCAUCUACCCGGAUUCGGUCGACGGCAUCAUCGGAGCUUACAACAAGGCUCUCCAGAACGUGUUUCUAAUUGCCACCGUCCUCGGAUGUUUGACAGUUUUUGGGUGUGUCUUCAUCGAGUGGAAGAGCGUUAAAAAGGACAAGACGAAAGACGGCCAGACUCCGGGUGAGAUGAAAAGAGACGGAGACGCAAAAAAGUAG